CAUACGGAGGAUGCCAAGGAAAUGACAAUCGGUUUGACUCUCGCGAGGACUGUGAGCGGCGUUGCAGAUCUCAAGAACCCGAGCCUGUUAGAACUACCACCAUAUCGCCGGUACCAAAGAUAAUUUACGAAGAAUGUCAGAUCUCGCCUGAGCUCGAGGAGUGUCAGGGUUCAGCAACUACGGUGUGGUACUUGGAUCCCUCACGGCGUGCCUGUGUUCCCCACGACAACGCAGACAACGGCAAACUCUGCAGACUCACAGGAGUCUACUUAUCAGAGGAGGAAUGCGAGCGGUUUUGUGGAGCUUUCGAGGGCAUUGAUGUGUGUCACGCCGCCGUGGACCCCGGCACCUGCGGGGAGUCCAUCACCAAGGUGUUCUACAACGUCACCAGCGAUCGGUGCGAGUGGUUCACCUACAGCGGUUGUCUGGGCGGCGCCAAUCGCUUCUCUUCGAUGCAGGAGUGUGAGAUUGAAUGCAGAGCGCACGCAGAUCCUUGUCGGCAGGAGCCAGAACCUGGCAAUUGUUUGGAGAGCUACGACUCCUGGUACUUUAACGCAAGAACUAAAGAGUGCGAAGAGUUUACCUACACCGGCUGUCAUGGGAAUGAUAAUAGAUUUGCUACAAAAGAUGAAUGCGAGAUUCAGUGUUCUGCCAGUGCGGUUACAACUAGAAGGCCUGUCCCAACAACCAGAGCUCCUGUUGUAGACACAACUCUUUCUACUGCAUAUGUCCCAGAUAGCCGGAGGGAUUCUGAGUGCCAAACACCAUCAUCUCUUGAAGCGUGCGGUGUAAACGUCACAGCAUUCUACUACGACUCCAGCGUUCAGCGGUGUGUGGAGGGAAUCAUUGGCAACUGUCCUAAUAUUAACGCGUAUAACACUGAAGAGGAGUGUGAGAGACAGUGUGGAGCAUUCAGAGGACUGGAUGUUUGCAGCCAUGAGAUGGACCCAGGCCCCUGCCUCUACAUUAUCCCCAAGUUCUACUGGGAUAUCAUAUCUCGCCGCUGCCUACCUUUCACGUACGGAGGCUGUAAAGGUGGACCCAAUCGCUUCUCCACUGAAUCUGAAUGUGAAGAAGUUUGUGGUUUUAAUAAUCCCAAUACCAAUGAAGUGGCGCCAGAUGAUGUAGACGAUUGUUCCGAGUACGUGGAGGAGUGCGCGACGAUCGCGUGCGAGAACGGCGUCCAGCGCACGCGCACCCUGGGCGGCUGUGAGCAGUGCAGCUGUGUGGAGGUGGACCAGGACUGCAGCACGUACCAGGAGGAGUGCGCGGCGCUGCACUGCGAGUACAGCGUGCAGCGGACACGCACGCCGAGCGGCUGCGAACGCUGCACCUGCGUGCAAGUAGAAGUAGACUGCGCGACGCUACAGAAAGAGUGUGACACUACCAAGUGCCAGUACGGCAUCUCCAAGUACGUCAGCGAAGACGGCUGCACCAGGUGUACCUGCUUGAAGCACCCUUGCGCUAACAAGAACUGUGCACCCGGGGAACGUUGUGUAGCCACAAGGUACAAGGUAUCGGUGACAGAUGAGAUGCAGUACACGGCUGACUGUAGAACCGUGAACAAGCCAGGCGAAUGUCCACCCCUGAAUCUACUGCGAGCUUUAACGGAGAGAAACUGUCGACGCGAGUGCAAUGACGAUGCGGACUGUCUCGGUGUCGGAAAAUGUUGCGUGCGAGGCUGUAGUCAGCUCUGUAUGGAGCCAACACCUGCUACAACAUCAGCACCCACAAACAUUUACAAUCCAGGUGUACCGCAAGCUCCUCAACCUAGUGAGGAAAGAGAACCGGAAGUACGCGCAAGUGAAGGAGGAGUUGCGACCCUCAGAUGUCUAUUCCACGGGAACCCUCCGCCUUUGAUCACCUGGCGACGAAACGAAAUAACGAUCAACGGUGACGUCGGAAGAUAUCGUCUGUUAUCAGAUGGAGCGUUAGAAAUAGUAUCUCUGUAUCGUAACGACUCUGGAGUCUAUAUUUGUAUCGCGAAUAACGAAUUGGGGAGUGCCACGCAGGAAGUAACGUUGCAUGUUGAUGUGCCCGUGACAACCCGUAUCAACGCAGAGCGAACUCAAGUGGUGGCCGGCUCGGAGAUCAGAUUAGCAUGUGACGUAGAUGGCUACCCUGAGCCGCGUGUGCAAUGGACCAAAGACAGGAUGCAGCUCACAGCCACAGACAGGAUACAAAUCACAGAGACACGUUUGACAAUAUUCCGGGCACAGUCGAAUGACAGCGGCGAGUACAGCUGCGAGGCGGCAAACGAAUACACGUCACAUUCAUCUGUCAUCAACGUCACUGUCAAAGGUAUCUACAUACCACCAACGUGUGUGGAUAACCCGUACUUCGCGGAUUGUCACCUCAUCAACCGCAGCAAUUACUGUCGUCACAAAUAUUAUUCUAAAUUCUGCUGCAAGUCCUGCGUGGAAGCCGGACAGCUGGAAGCUGAAGAAGCGGAGCUGAUGCAGGCCGAUAUGUCAUUUAGAAGGAAGAAGUAACGAGAAAAUAACGGCUUAUUAGGGAGUUCUAACGCCAGUUAAUGUAUUAUAGAUAAAAUUUGAUAUCGAAAUUUACUUAAAUUAAAAAAAUAGAAAUAAAUUUCGUGAAA